AUGCACCGAGCUUUGGGUAUUGGCCAAUACCAAUGCUGCCCGCGGAAAGUCAAGCCUGCUAAGGUUCUAUUCAUCUUCAUCAUCUCUGUGCUCAUGCAUGCUCCUUGCAGUUCUGUCAUGCUGAACUGCUCUCAACCAAACCCGCCUUCCCUGCUGGAAGCUCUCCAACCUGUCUUCAAACUCAGCUCCAUUCGACCUGUCAUGAAUGCAUCAACCCCCACCAUCGUCAGCAUUGACUUCAUCCUUUUUAGCAUUUUGGGGGUGGAUGAAAAGGCCCAAGUCCUGAAAACAUAUAUAUGGCAAAAGUUAAGAUGGCGGAACGAGUUUGUCAGAUGGGACCCAGAACAGUGCGGUACUUCACGGAUUACAAUUCCAAGGAAACUGCUCUGGGGUCCCGAUAUCGUCAUAAAUGAAUUUAUGGAGAAGAACUCAGCUCCAUUUGUCCCAUACAGCUAUCUGUAUUCUGACGGCUUGGUGAUGGAUCAUCAGCCUGUCAGAGUGGUCAGCUCCUGCAGCCUCGACAUCUACACGUUUCCAUUUGACAUCCAGAACUGCAGUUUAAGCUUCAACUCCUACAUACACAGUCUAUCUUCUCUGCAGCUAGACCGAUCAUCAAAUGCAUCAGAUAUAUUAAAAUACUCUAAAAAAGUGAUGACAACUAUGGGCGAGUGGGAACUAGUUGGACUCACAGUGAAGACAUACCUACUACCAGCUGGGAGUGAAGGAAUGUACCAAGAGAUGCGCUUCUUUGUGUCAGUAAGGCGCCGGGCCACGCUCUAUGUGGUGAACCUGCUGAUCCCCAGCUGCUUCCUCAUCACAGUGGACCUCUUCAGCUUCCUGCUGCCUCCCCAGAAUGUGGACCGUUCCUCCUUCAAGAUGACACUGAUCCUGGGCUACACCGUCUUCCUGCUCAUCAUGAACGACCUGCUGCCCAUCACUGGAAACACCAUACCUCUCAUAAAUGUGUUCCUGUGUCUGUGCCUGGCUCUUAUGGCGGCUAGUCUACUGGAGACUAUCCUCAUCACAAACCUGCUGUGCGGCUCCGUUCACUACUCUCCAGUCCCUCGUUGGAUUAGAGUGUUCGUUCUUCACAUCCUGGGCCGCCUGGUACGGCUUCCUCCCAAGCCCAGAGAUCGAGAGGACACAGUCAUCCGAAAUCCUGCUGCACAAGAAAUGAAAGUCUCUUCUCUGGUGGCAGAGGACAGCGAGGUUUCACAACAGAAAGGACCGCUGGAUAAGGAAAUGGUCUGGCAGGAGCUGAGGAGCCUCGGCAGCGACCUCCAAGCCAUCUGCCUUCAGGUGAAGCAACGGCUCGGUGAACGCCAGGGCUCGGAAGAGUGGAUCCAGGUGGGCUUCAUCAUAGACCGCCUGCUGUUCUGCUUCUACAUCCUCUUCAUAUCAGUCAGCUUCAUUACCAUCAUCAUCAUCUGGAUGCAGUCAAACAACACAUCCUGA